AUGAACUCGUUCUACUACGACAGCGUCCUUGACGCCUUCAAGAAGCCCGAUGUCACCAUCCCCCCUAUUCCCCCUCACCUCGAGCACCCCAUCGUGUCCACCCAGUGGGGUCACACUUACCUCUGGGCCGUCUUCUUCAUCAUGGCUGGCUUCUCCGUGCUCUUCUUCAUCUCGUCCCAGCGCGCUUCCUACCGCUACCGUCUGAUGCACACCACCACCUUCUUCAUCACUGCUAUCGCCGCUCUCUCCUACUUUGCCAUGGCCACCGGCGUCGGCAAGACCCUCACCACCAUUGGCGAACACCGUCACGGCGCGCCCCGCGAGUUCUUCUACGCUCGAUACCUCGACUGGGCCCUCACCACGCCGCUGCUUCUCUUCGACCUCACCCUCCUCGCUGGCCUGCCCGUUGCCGAGAUCAUCGUCCUCGUUCUCGCUGACGAGGUCAUGAUCGUCACCGGUGUCAUCGCUGGCGUUCACCCCACCAAGACCGGCAAAUGGGGCUUCUUCACCUUCUCGUGCGUUGCCUUCGCCUGGGUCCUUUUCCAGCUCGUCACCUCGGGCCGCUCCACCGCCUUCCUCCGCAGCCCCAAGGUCGGCGGCCUCUACAACCAGAUCUCGCUCGCCCUCGUCGUGGUCUGGACCCUCUACCCCGUCGCUUUCGCUCUUUGCGAGGGCACCGGCAAGCUUAGCCCCGACAAGGAGAUCCUCUUCUUUGCCAUCCUUGACGUUAUUGCCAAGCCUCUCUGGGGCGCCUGGCUCCUCAUUGCCACUCCCGACGAGGGCCACGUCCUCGUUCCCGAAAGCCUCUGCGCCCCCGCCGGCACGCCUGCUUCGGGCGGCUACGGUGCCAUCUCCCAGGAGCCCCGCGCCGAGGACGCUUAA